CCCCCUCAUCUAAGGACGAUGACUUGCCAGUGUAUAGGUUCGUGGUGAAAAAGGACCCGUAGUUCCCCCAAAUUCUCAAACACCGAUCUUUAACAAUGGCUUCGUCCAAAAAAUCCAGUAGUGAAGCCAAGAGCAAAGAAGCGGGAACUUCAAAACCAGCCCCCAAAAACAAGACCCACAACAACAACAACAACAACGCCAGAACAAUCGACAAGGUUUAUUCAAAGAAGAAGAAGGUUAGCAACAACAACAAUAACAACAAGCACACUAGCAAUGGCUCUGUGAAGGAGAACGAGGUGUUACCCAUUUCUGCUCCAGGCGAUGCCGAAGAAGACAGAGUGGAAACCACGAGUAAAUCGCCUAACACCACCAAAUCGAAGAAAGUUAAACGGAAUCAUGGAAAGAAAGAAGAGAAUGGCUAUGCAGAAGAAGAAGAAGAAGAAGAAGAAGCAGAAGAAGAAGAAGAAGUUGAGGAGAAGAUUUAUAAAUUCCCAAUGAAUCGGAUCAAGAAAAUCAUGAGGGAUGAGAAUUCUGAUUUGCGUAUAAAUCAGGAAGCUUUGUUUCUCGUCAACAAAGCAACGGAGAUGUUUCUUGUGCAAUUUUGCAAGGAUGCAUAUGCGUGCUGUGCUCAGGAUCGCAAGAAGUCUCUUGCUUACAAGCAUCUAUCAUCAGUAGUUUGCAAAAGGAAGAGAUACGACUUUCUUUCAGAUUUCGUCCCAGAGAAAUUGAAGUUUGAAGAUGCAUUGAAGGAAAGAAGCAUGGCAGAAUCAGGGAAAGACUAGGCUUUUUGAUAUCUUAAUCUAACACUUCAGCUUGUUCUGUGGAUGUGUUAGGUUUAGGUAUCUUUUUUUGUCAUGUCAAUGGGAAUACAUGGAAGUUAGAACAUUCAUUUUCCCACCGUACAGUUCUGUAAGUUUAUUAACGACAUCUCAGAUCUAACAUAAUUAAACUAUUACUUCUUACA